AUGCGAAGAACUGAAGCAGAGUGUGGCGGUAAUGGCCCGUAUGCCAUUGACAAAUCAUCGACUUCAGUUUGCGUCGGUUCGGCGCUUCCUGGCGUCUCAUUCGAGACACUCGGUGAUGAAGACAAAACGGGGACGCUGACGUGGUCAAGGCAGAAAACGCUAGGGAGCCUUGCAGACUUACGACAGAACUCGGAAAUUGUACUUACAGGUUGGCCCCAGAAAAUCAUGAAAGAUGAUGAGGCUGCAAGCGUUACGGCUUCGGAAGCGGAUGGGGCGGCUGCUGCAGACUUAUCAACUGUUUGUACCAGCGACUCGGAGGAGAAUGUUUCAGUCGGACACCCAGAGGAUGAAGCCCAGGAAUCUCCUCGGGGCACGCCGCUGCACGGCGAUGCUCUCACAGGGGCAGUCGUUGCCACAGAGUUGCCGGAGGUUGUGGAGUUCACAGAGGAAUUCGGCCAAGCCUUCAUGGCUAGUGAGCAUCUUAAACCCUUGUCUCAUGUAGUGAGGCCGCAGAAUGGUGCACCCUAUUAUGGGUCCUCCAACGUGACAGGGGCUACGGAAUCGUUGCCAAGAUGCUUUCCCGCCGAACAGGGAAAGUUGGGUCCCCAAUUUUCCGGGCAUUGCAGAGGUGAUUGUGAAUGUUGGCCGUAUAUGUGCACAGGCAUGUGCGACCUAUUCGCGAAGACAGCUUCUAGAGGGCGCGUGUGCCUUAAUCUGUCAGGAGGAGGGGAUGUAACGCUGGGAGAGCCUACAGUCCUCGAUGUCUUCAUGGUACAAGAAGGCCUUUUCCGUAGCGCCGGGUUCACAUUCUAG